UCUGUGAAGUCUUCGCCUAUUAGAACCUUUUCUUCUUCAUUCUUCAUUCUUCAUUCUUCAUUCUCAUUCUCUCUCAAUUUCAACACCACCCCACCCCACAAUUCUACUUCACCUGUUCCACCUUCCCUAUUUGUUUGUUCUUUCUCUCAUUCUCUUUUCAACACAUCCUGGGUUCUUAACAGAAUCUGCAUAUCACUCAAGGUCCUUCCUGGGGAGUGGAGCUUGAUGUGAUCACUGAUAUUGGGGAAUAAGACCUUAUUGAUUUUGCAAAUGCUAAAUUUUGCUAGGUCAAGAAGUCAGCAAAGGGCAACCCGAUCUGUGUCAUUAGGAGGUAUGGAUUAUGUGGAUCCGAAAAGGAAGGGCAAUUUUAUUGGAAAAGUUUUUCUUGCUGCAGCAUUAACGGCAUUAUGUAUUAUCAUGAUCAAGAGAUCUCCAUCUUUGAAUUCUCCUAGUCCGUUUUCCGUCUAUGAACCAGGGAUCACUCAUGUUUUAGUGACAGGAGGUGCAGGCUAUAUCGGCUCACAUGCUACCCUACGACUUCUAAAGGAAUCUUAUCAUCGUGUCACCAUAGUGGAUAAUCUGUCAAGAGGAAAUUUAGGUGCCGUCAGGGUUCUUCAAGGCUUAUAUCCAGAACCUGGAAGGCUUCAAUUUAUAUAUGCUGACUUGGGAGAUGCAAAAUCCGUUAAUAAAAUAUUUUCAGAGAAUAAAUUUGAUGCUGUGAUCCACUUUGCUGCUGUUGCAUAUGUGGGAGAAAGCACGCUUGACCCUCUCAAGUAUUAUCACAAUAUUACAUCAAAUACCUUGUUGGUAUUGGAGUCUAUGGCUAAAUAUGGUGUGAAGACAUUAAUAUAUUCUAGUACAUGUGCAACAUAUGGGGAACCUGAAAAGAUGCCCAUUACAGAAGAAACAGAACAGAAACCAAUUAAUCCAUAUGGAAAAGCUAAGAAGAUGGCAGAAGAUAUCAUCCUCGAUUUUUCUAAAAAUUCUAAUAUGGCAGUAAUGAUUCUGAGAUACUUCAAUGUAAUUGGAUCAGACCCUGAUGGCAGAUUAGGUGAGGCUCCAAGACCUGAACUUCGAGAGCAUGGUCGAAUUUCAGGUGCAUGCUUUGAUGCAGCACGUGGUAUUACAUCUGGCUUAAAGGUUAGAGGAACAGACUAUAAGACACCUGAUGGAACAUGCAUACGAGAUUAUAUUGAUGUUACUGACCUGGUUGAUGCUCACGUGAAAGCUCUUGGAAAGGCACAACCUGGUAGAGUUGGGAUCUACAAUGUAGGAACUGGAAAGGGUAGAUCAGUGAAGGAAUUUGUGGAUGCUUGUAAGAAGGCUACAGGGGUUGACAUCAAAGUAGAUUUUCUUCCUCGUAGGCCUGGUGAUUAUGCUGAGGUGUAUAGUGACCCUACUAAGAUAAAAAAUGAACUGAAUUGGACUGCACAUUACACUGACCUUGAAAAGAGUUUACAAAUUGCAUGGAAAUGGCAGAAAUCUCGUCGUGAUGGUUAUGGGAUUUCAUCUACAAUGUGAAGUUUCUAAGGGUCCCCUACUAUUGCUUUCAUACAUGGGCUGAAGAAUUUUUUGGUUCUUAGGGAGUUGGUAGUUCAUUCGUUAUACUUACAUGUAUUCAACAUAUAAUGAUUCAAUAAUAUAAUGCCCACUAUAUC